GAGGCAAUCGCAUUCUACUGCCGCCAGUCGAGAGCGCGCAGCUGCGGCGAGCGUACUGCGGCCAUUCGCUUCCAAAUUCAAAUUGGAAAAUCGGCGGACUUUUAAAAAAGUUUCCUUCUUUUUUAUUUUCUCUUUAGACAGCUGUCAAAUUUGUGGAUUUCUUCUUGUGCAGUGGUUACACACGUGAUACAAAUAUAUUUUGUUGGAAAGGACGUGGUCUCUACAUUUUCCUUUGUGUUGAUGAGUUGCCACAUUCAUAGUUAGCCCUGUCGUUAAAAGAGGGCCGUCACGAUGUUGCAGCAGAUCCUGCGGGACAUGUGGGUGGACCCCGAGAUCCUGGCUGAGCUGGACGAGACCCAGAAACAGACUCUAUUCUGCAAGAUGAGAGAGGAACAGGUCCGUCGAUGGCAGGCCUGGGAUCAGAAAUUGAGCAAGGACGACGACAGGCCCAAACUCCAGAAAAAUGGCAAGAAACAGGUGCAGUUCAUGACGGGGGAGGACGGGGAGCCGUGGGUAUGGGUAAUGGGCGAGCACCCGGAUGAUAAAUCUAUAGAGACCAUCCUAGCUGAGGAGGCGAGACAACGGGCGCUGGCGCAGGCGCGGGAAGAGGCGCACCAGCUCAGGAAAUCUGUGGAGAAGGAGCUCACGCAACUCAUAGACUACAAACCGUUGGAUAGUUUGGAACAGACGUUCGACAUAUCUCCGAAGACUAUAGACCCAUUAGAGGACACCCUGGAGAUUUACUGCACAGUGGAUGACCUGAGACAGAGGAUCGAAGCCCUGGAGCCAGAAGUCAAGAUCUCGGACAAGAAGGACAAAGAAGACUACUGCAAUGACAAUCUGAAACUGGACUUAAAUAAGAACACUUUGCAUUUCAACUUCAUUGAAGGGAAGAGGGAUGUUUUGCAGGAGCUGGGCAUUCCAAGCAGCGGCGACGGCGUGAGCAACCGCGUGGCGGCGUGGGAGCGGCGCGUGGCGGCGGCGCGCGCGGGCGACAUCCUGCGCGGGCUGCGGGCGCGGCGCGCGCGCACGCUGCGGGACGCGCAGCUGCACGCGCAGCACGACGACCGCGCGUGGAGGGAACAAGAGCGGAAAGCCAAAGAGGCCGAGGCAGCGAUGCGCGCGAUCGCCCGCGAGGCGCGCGAGGCGCACCGCCGCAGCGCCGACCUCCGCGACUGCGCGCCGCCGGAGCAGCCGCAAGCCGGUACACCACCAAGCCAGGAGGCGGUGCUGGAGUGGUUCCGCUCCCAGGAGCUGAAACGAGGAGUCGGAGUGGACGAGCACAACAAACCUGCGGAGUGGUUUCAUGGUCUAAUAACCCGUUCAGACGCUGAGAAUCUUCUGUCUUCUCAACCAGAAGGCAGCUUCCUAGUGCGUCUUUCUCAAAAAGUAUGGGGGUACGCCAUCUCCUAUCGCGCGGCGACUCGCUGCAAACAUUAUCUGGUGGAAGCUUUACCUGAGCCAGGGUACCGGCUGCUGGGCGCCUUGCAGACCACUCAUGAUAGCUUGGCUGAUCUCAUCAAACACCACAAAUCUGUUGCUAUCACCGAGGGCGGUGGCGAGAUUCUGCGCACUCCCGUCCGCCCCGAACAACCCCCGCAAGAACUCGCUACAAAAUAGAUUCACCACAACAUUAUCAAAUUACAAUAUAUUCAGCUACUACAUGUUUCAGAAGAUUAUCCUAAUAGUUUUGCCAACUUUCUGAGUGACAAAUGAUGUAAUUUUGAUUUUUCUAAACAUUCUAUGAGUUUUAGAUCACCUUCAUUUCAUGAGCAAAAGUUUUUGGAUUUAAAUACAACCGAUGUUGUAUCACUUCGUUCAGAUCGUCUAGAUAACCUUUUUUAUCAGAGCAGUCAUAGUUUAUAAGAUAUAUUCAUUUUUAUAUUACUUUUCUGCCUUAUGUUUGUACAAACAAAACAAUAUUUUUAUGAAUAGGCAUGUCUUUCUAUUCCGAAGUCCACCUAAAAAGUGCACCUAGUUGGACUACGGAAGUUUAAAAAAAGACAAUAAGAAAAACGGUGCUUAGUAAUUCGAAUAUUUAGGAGAUGAUCUCGAUAACAGUUCGAUUAAAUUGUUCUUAAAAAGUAAAAGAGAUUUAUGUAGUGCACAGAGCAAGGUUGCCAUGCCUUCGGCGGGCGUUUCUAACUCUGUGGUGAGGCUGCUUCAUUUUUAAGAGUUGUAUGCCAAAGUCCUUACAAAUUGAGUGCAAAUGUUUUGAUAGACGUGUUUUGUAAAAUAUUGCGAAUUAUGAAAAUAUUUUUGAUUUUUCCAUAAAAAAAUCGUAGAAGUCGAAUCUUCCAUUGAAAUGUUUGUAUCAUCCUAAAUUUUCAAGACAAAGACGGAUUUUUUUAGAGCAGGUCAAAUUAUUUUACAAUACGUUUAUUUGGUGAAAAAUUUUCAUUAUGCUUCUAAAAAUAUUUGUGCUCAAUUUGUGUGGUCUCAGUAUAGUCUGGUCGCUAAUGUAAUGUUUAAUUAUAAUUAUUUUGCAUGCAUUUUUAAGUUAAUAUGAAUAAGAACAAAUUCACUGGUAAGUAGUAACUAUUUAUUGUGAUAAUUUACCAAUCUCUGUACACAUCGCUGUAUUUGUGUGCUUUUAAAUAAAAUUCCGAUUAUAAGCCAAAGUAUUUGAAGGGUAACUCAGUUUUGAUAUAUUUUGCUGGGAGGCUGAUGCCGUAAUCAACGCUGCUAUGAAGCCAUCUGGUGGCUGUAAUCUUCCCCUAUAAUGUAUUUUAUAAUACCUAUACUUAUACCUAUAAAUUUAGUCAGAACGAUGUGACGUCCCACUGCCAAGUCGGGCAUCGAACUAUAUCAUAAACCCUUAAAAAAAGAGUAAGUGAUCCAUUGUCUGCACGCUACCACAGAAACAGCGGUCAUUGCUAGAAAACAGUUUUUGUUCUUCAAACCUUGACAAUGUUCUAGCAUAAGCAAUUAAUCUCAGACGAAUCUACCAGUUGUCUCCGAGAAUUGUUUCUCCUGUGGACUGAUGAUCAACAGGACGAUUCGCUUAAUAUCUCCUUAUCAAAGAAGCCUCCUUGCGAACAUUACCAAAAGUGCAGCUAGCUCUUACUCUAAAGUGCAAUUGACAACGGAGUUCAAACCUUCUUUCGUUAAAGUUAAGUUCUGUUAUUGCUUAAAACGAUGUGUAUGCCAUUUGUCGUUCGUAGAACAAAAUAAAUCUAUGUAGAAUUAGUUUCAAGUCAUCAGAAUUUGUAUAAUACCUAUAUUUUAGUUUUAAACUGCCAAUUAAAAUGUAUAGAAUA